ACCAAACUGACCGGGUCUGUCGGGCAACGUGCAAAGGAGACAUAUGCUAAUGUUGAAAAAGCUGCUGCCAGGAAACCAGCGCCUGACUGAGAAAUGGGUUUCAGGCGUGUUGAGAGCGUCUCUCUCUGGAACCCUCGUUCCAGACUCACGCGGCAGGAUGGAGGUCUCCGAUUCUGGUUUUGAGCUGUUAGUUAGUUGCGAUUUUCGUUCCUUGUUGCAGUUCAUACUCCGGCGACGUGGGAAGAAUAUCGAUUUAGAGCUUAAAAGCUCCAAAUCGAUCUAUUUUCGCGCAAAGGAGUGUUCAUUAGAUUUUGAGAACGACUCCUUGUUCGUUGUUUCUUUUUCAUUCUGCUAGUUGUGCGUAGAUUUAACGGUGCGUAGCUCUGUAAUUUCUAAGUUGAAUUUUUGGGUGCAUGCUAUAACCUGGGAACGAAGGUUGAUUUUUAAUUUCAAUCUUUGUUUUACUGUACUACCCGUACCUGGGAUGACGAGAAGGAAACAGGGCUUUGUGGCGACUCCUUCGACAAGAACCACCAGGUCCUCUAGCUUUGUUGUGCUGGAUUCCAUGGAGGACGAUUUUCCUGUUUUGACCUCCUUACUUGCUGUAAGACCUGGAACGGCUAAACCAGUGAAGAAGCCUAUUGAUACACCUGCUGCAUCUAGUAAGGUGUCCGCUGCUGAAGAAACUGUCCUGCAGACUGAGACCUGUAAAGCUGGGCACUCUCCCUCAACUGCUGCAGGAGGGACUGCUGCUAUAUCAGCUGAACCUGCUGCUGGAGCUAUGUUAACUGUUGGAAUAGCUCCUGCUGCUACUCCCAGUUCUGGUCACUCUAAAAUUAACUCUGGACAGACUCCUGCUGCAAAAUCUACUGCUGGAUCUUGUGCUUUAACUGAGAUCCCAGCUCCUAGGAAUGUAGGGACUGAUGGGAAUAAUAAGCUUGGGCAGAAAACAGAUGCUGGACAGACCACCAAAGCCAUAACUUUGUCGAAGAAUCCUGAAACUAAACCUUGGAACUCACUAUUUAAAGACAAUCGAGCUCCGUCCGAAGGGCUUAAACUGAGGUAUAUUCCACCAACUAGUGAUAUUCUUGAUUUUUCAGACCGUGUGCUACCUUCAAUGGUGGAUAUCUUUGGCUACUGUCUGGUGGGCUUUUUCACGGGAAGGUUUCCUGGUUUAAAGGCAACCUAUAGCCUUACAAAAAAAUGGGGAGUACAUUGUGAAGUCAAACCACAUGAUAAGGGUUGGGUUGUUUUUAAAUUCAAGAGUGAAGCUGAUAGGACUAAGGUUAUGAUUGAGGGGCCUUAUAUUCUCUAUGGGAAGCUACUGGUUCUGAAGGUUCUGUCUGAUGAUUUUUCCUUUGAAGAUGAUGAGUUCUUGAAGGUGCCGAUUUGGAUAAAAUUCCCUAAGCUCCCUGUGAGGUUGUGGAAUGAGGAUACUAUUAGCGAAGUUGCUUCUAAGGUUGGAGUUCCUCUCACCAUGGAUAGGAUAACGCUUGAAAAGGCAAACCACAACUACGCGAGAGUAUUAAUUGAAGUGGACGUGACAAAGCCACCUCCCCUCUCAUUCCCAAUCAAGAUGGCGUCAGGAAGGAUUUUUGAGCAACGGGUUCUCUAUGAAACGUUUCCGAACUACUGUUUCCAUUGCAAACAAUACGGGCACCAUCCCUUCAUUUGCAAGGAACUAGAAGCAAAAGAAAAGGUUGAAAUCGACGAACCAGAGAAGGUUGAGACUAUAAUAAUAGCUACAACGAAGGCUACUGAGGCUACGAAGGCCAUUGUUGGGACUGUGGACCCGUAAGGGGAAUUUGUGGAAGUACGUAGGCGGGACGGAAAGAAGAUUGCAAAGCCGGUGAUACCUCAAACCCAGGUUGCCGCUGCUGUAAUUGCUGAUGCGAUUGAACCUACUGGAACUACGGUUUUAGAAACUAUUGUUCUGGAUGUCGCUGAUACGCCAAGUAUUACUACGGCUGGUGGAAUUGGGAAAACUAAGGCUACUAUGGAGGGGGGAAAACCUGCUGCUGGCCUACUGGAAAUUGAAGAACAGGCUGUGGGCUUACUGGCAGAACCUCCUGCGGCUGAAGUGCAGGGACUGCAGCCACCCAUUGCUUUGAAAGCGGCUGCUCAAAUGGAGGUACUGCCCCCACAGCAAACGACGGAUAAGGAGGAUACAAUUCCUGAACAAUCUGGUACUAAACCUUGGGAACCAUUCAUAGUUGAGGAUGUUGAAAUAACUUGUAGAAAUGGGAAGAAAAGUACUAUUCGAUUUAUGAGACCCAACAAAUGAGCUGGGAUAGUUCGUUGUUUCUGGCCUGACUGAGUUCACUGUAUUGGUGCUCAGACUUUGUUUUUCUUUUGAGGUUUCUGUCUUUGUGGCUGGACUAACGGAGAUUUUGUGAAGAUUUAUAUUUAGGUUAGAUUAGUCUAACUUAGAUAGUUAUCUUGAUCAGAACUUGACACAUUGUAAAAUGUUAUUUUUGGGUGUUUUAUAUAUACUUACAUUCCAUCCAAAAAAAGAAAAAGCUGCUGCCAAGGUUAAAACUGCUGCCAAGAAGGUUGAAAACACACCUGCAAAUGUUGAAACAGCUGCUGCCAAAGGUAAAAAUGCUGAAAACACACCUGCUAAUGUUGAAACAGCUGCUGCCAAGAGUCAACCUGCUGCCCAUGAGAUUAAGACUGUUUCCACAGGGCAGAUUGAUGCCCAGCAGCCUGCUAAACUUUCUGCCAUGGUAGUGAACAAAGAUGUAACGACACCAGCUGCCAAGGGAGCUAAUCCAACUGCCCAGGGACCUUCACAAUCUGCCCAAGGACACCCGAACAGGUUACAAGGGCAGACUGCCCAGGGGAUUGAAGUGGCUGCUGCGCAAGGAAGAAUCACAAUUGGGCAACUUAUGGGUGUGCAAACUAACCAUGAGUCUUCCGAGGAUGAAGACGACGAGGUCUUUUUGGAAGGAAAUGAAAGACUAGUAACGAGUGAGACCGACAUGCACCUAAACGAUGUUGUAAUCAAAUGUGAGGUGGUGAAUGGGAAGAGGUUUAGGCUUUUUGUUAAACCGUUUAAAUUUGUGCAUGCUAAUGUGAUUAGAGUGGAUACCUUUCUUCGACUUACGGAUGAUUUGGACAUAAAAGGCCUAACUUUCACCGCCAAAUGUCUUGAGAGAUUACCGGGGGUUACUAAGAAGAAAGGGGAGAUUUGCUUUGACUCAAAGUUUACUACUCCUUUCCGACUUUUCUUUGGAGGUUAAUAUUUGGAUAUCUAUUAUAUUUUUCUGAGCUGGUUUUUGUAGGUUUAUUUCGUUCAGUUUGGAUUCAAGAUGUUUGAUUUGAGAGAAUGUGGGCCUUGAUUUUGUGGUAUCCCGUGAUCAGGGAUAUGCACCUUGCUUGUAAUCGUGAUGCAUUGUACUAUGCUAUUUUUUCUGGAUAUAUAUACUUACAUUUUAUCCAAAAAAAAAA